AUCAAUCACCAAUUCAACACGUGCAUUGUUUUGAUCGAAAUGUGUUUCCUGAAAUUCUCUUUUGAAGUAAUUUAAAAUUAUUUUAAAGUCAUAUUUUCUGUCAGUGCAUUUGCUAAAGCAACAACUCUCAACAUGGCCAUAAUGGGGGCCAAAAAUGGUGAUAACGGAGCCUCUACGUCCCAUGCCAGGAAAGCAUUGCCCAUCAGCAAAGUCAGAGAGAGGCUGGUGGAAGAGAUUUCGAACAACAUGACGUUGAUUUUGAUCGGAGAAACGGGCUGUGGAAAAACAACCAAAAUUCCUCAAUUCAUUUAUAAAGCAAAACUGAACAAAGGCGCAAUGAUAGCCGUAACACAGCCAAGAAGAGUUGCAGCAGUAACGAUUGCAUCUCAUGUAGCCAAUGCCUUUAAUUCAUCUGUAGGAGGAUUGGUUGGGUACACCGUUCGGUUUGAGGAUGCAACAUCGGCAGACACUAAAAUCAAAUUCCUCACAGAUGGAAUGUUACUGAGAGAAGCCAUGUUAGAUGCCAAUUUAUCAAAUUAUUCAGUGAUUAUUCUGGAUGAGGCUCAUGAAAGGACUGUCAACACAGAUAUCUUAUUUGGCAUCGUAAAACGUGCUCAAUAUAACAGGGAACAGCAGAAAAUCAAACCAUUGAAGAUUAUUGUCAUGUCAGCAACCAUGGAUGUUGAUCACUUUUGCAAAUAUUUCAACAAUGCACCAGUUGUGUUUGUCGAAGGGCGCACUUUCCCAGUCCACAUUCACAAUGCUGUGAAGCCCCAUGAAGACUAUUUUUUCAGCGUCCUUUCUACCAUCUUCCAAUUACAUCAGUCUGCGCCUGUUAAUCAUGACUUUCUGGUGUUCUUAACAGGACAAGAAGAGAUCGAAUCAAUGGCUCACAAUAUCAGGCAGAUUCAAAUGGACCCUAAAUUCAAGGAUAGUCCGCCUAUGAUGAUAUGCUACCUGUUUGCAGCAUUGCCAACUUUUGAUCAAGUGAAAGCCUUCUCACCAACGCCACCUGGCAGGAGGAAGGUUAUUUUGAGUACCAAUAUUGCAGAAACCUCAGUCACCAUUAGUGGUGUGAAAUAUGUCAUUGAUUGUGGGAAAGUAAAAAUUAGAACUCAUCAACCAAGUACAGGUCUGGAUAUGUUAAAAGUGAGUCCUAUCUCACAGGCGCAAGCAUGGCAGAGGGCAGGACGAGCUGGUAGAGAAUCAGAAGGUCACUGCUAUCGUGCGUAUACAGAGCAAGAAUUUGCAAAUUUUAAAAAAAAUACUCCACCUGAAAUUCAAAGGUGCAAUCUAGCGAGUGUAGUGCUUCAGUUGUUAGCGAUUGGUAUCAACGCUAUGAAGUUUGAUUUCAUGGAUAAACCUAACGAACAGUCAAUCAAAGAGGCUUUGCUUCAACUGAAGGAUUUAGGAGCAAUCACAAAUAUUGAAAACCCCUCUCUGACUCAACUGGGGAAACUAAUGUCUCAGUUUCCAUUGGAUCCUAGGUAUUCAAAAAUACUCAUCUGCGCGCAAAAUUAUGAGUGCUUGGAGGAAAUUUUGAUCAUUGUAGCUAUGCUUUCAAGCGAAACUGUGUUUGUGAAUGCUCAGUCAAAAAAAGAGGAAGUAGCAGAGGCUCGACAAAAAUUUCACUCUUCCUCAGGCGAUCACAUAACCUUAUUAAAAAUUUUCCGUGCGUUCGCUGCUGCUGAAACUAAAAAGAAAUGGUGCUCUAAUAAUUUUCUUCACUUUCGAAAUUUGGAGUACGCAACCAAAGUCAGGAAACAGUUAACUGAGCUAUGCCAAAAAAAUGAAUUCACAUCAAGUUCCUGCGGACAGCAGUAUGAUCAAAUAAAAAAAUGUCUCCUAACCGGUCUUUACAUGAAUUUAGCAGAAUUACAACGGGAUAAGAAAUACCUUACAGUCCAUUCAAGACUAACGACAUCAAUACAUCCCACAUCAUCUCUAUUCGGAUCGUUGCCUCCUUGUAUUUUAUUCACUGAAAUUUUAGAAACCAACAAAAGUUACCUCAACAACAUUUCAACUAUUGACCCUGCAUGGGUUGAAGAAGUUGUUCCAAACUAUGCUCGUCAACACAUUCUGCGGAAACUCGACUAGGAAACAUCUUUGAUUUUAAGCUCUAUUUGGAAAAGAUGAAUUACUGCGACUUCUAAGAUUUUAAUCUAGGAGAGUACAUAUGGUUAUGAUCUUUGAAUUUUGAAGCCUGGUACUUACUUCUGAUGAUGCAAUAUUUGCUAUCAUAUCUCUACCCAGUCAAUCAAGAUUGCUCUUAAGAUAUUUAUUUUAAAGCAUUUAUUAUUCAGAUACUAAGUGAAUUUUUUUCAGAGAACCAUAGCAAAUGAGACCUAACUUGGAAUGAUUGUUAAAUCUCAAAGCUGUUCUCAUGUUGAAGUUAUGUAUCAGUUUAGUCAUUUAUUACCUGGGUGUCAAUUAUGUUUCAUUAAGUGUGCAAAUUACCAUUUUUACAGUUUGACCUUUGAUCCUACCAUCAGUAUUUGAAAUAAGUAUAAAAAAAAUCAUUCUACAGACCUAAAUAAUCCUUGCUAGAUCUCAACCUUGAGUUGCAAAUAUCUAGGUUUUUGUGUGUCAGAUGGUAAACUGUGUUCUCUACAUAUAUCUAAGGUGCAUUCACACUGUUUGUCUGACGAUUGGUUGAACGCUGAUUUGAACUCACAGUUCAGGCUGUCUCCCAAAGUUUAUCGGUCGUUCCCAUCUCUGAAUAAUUUUCUUGCAUUUAUCAGACUUAGAAAAUCUGCCUUUACAUGAUGAAUUAAGCCCAUUCUGGUUUUUUAAAAAAGGGUAUACGUAGUUGCUCAGCACAGGAUAGUACAGAAAGUAGAUGCAGAAAAGAGAACUGUUAAAAAUGUGUAAGUCUAGUGGUACUUCAGAUCAGAAUACACACAGUAUAGUGUAUUGGCUUUAACCCUUAGGGGGCACUACAUUUUAUUUUUCUGUAGAACCAUGCUAUGUUGGCCAGCUCUUAUCCAUGAGACUAUGCUUCACCGAGUAAGAGAUUAAUCUGUCCGUCUGGUUUCGCUCUUUCUCAAACAAAAUUGUGGAUGAAACGAGGCUCUUGUUUAAGAUUGUAUUGUUCUCAUUAUAGCUUUGAACUGGAAUAAACAUCCAAAAUAAAACUACUAUGUAUUCCUGCGUAAUGUUUGGAAGGAAAAGCGGCUAAUAAACUGAAGUCUAAAGAAAACUUAGACUUAUCAGAGAAUUGAGAGGUCCUUAGUUCCAGCCACUUUCAAGCCCACAGAAUUUUUUCAAAAUGUGUCGUUUGAACUAGUCUGAUCAAACAGUUGAAAAUCAAAUUUCAAUUAAAGUUACCAAUAUAUGCAUCCUGCAUUUUUAAUAUUCGGUUAUCGCUAACUUUGAAAUGUGUUUUAAGAUCAUUGCUUGACAAUUUUCGAAGUCACCGAUUUUUGUUUUAACUUGUAAGACUUGCUCUCCUCAUUCCAUACUGACUCAAAAAUUACCCAAAUUUACCCAUAGCCAGGAUCUUGCCAAUUACGUUCCUCUUAGAUUUGAUCGAAAUUCUUGGCACAUGAAAAAGAGUUUUUUCUACUGGUAAUUUUGUUCCCGAUGUCAUCCAAAGUUAGUGAAUUUUCACCCCAGAUGGGCCAAAGAUAACUAUUUCGCAUGAUAGCAAAUUUGCAAUGCUGAAAUAUUUCACUGCCCUAAAAAUUUACUCAAGUGUGUACCUUAAAAGUAAAAUUUAAUGGCAUUUUGCUGGUGCCAAAAUUUUGCAGUGAAUCUGCACCUAAAUCUGUAUUUGUAGCUUUAAUUUAAAAACAUUAAGUCGCCUCUCUGAUGUAAGGGCAUAUUUUUAUCUCUAAGUGAGCCCCAAAAAACAUAGAGUUACAUGGACAAAGGGCUCACGUAGAAAUUGAUGUACGUCGACGACGAUGACGUGCGUCGAUUAUUCCUCAUGAUGUUAUUCAAAGUUUUGGUUUUUUAUUUUUUUUUUAAUUUGUAGCUUUUUUCAUUUAAGAAUAUAAGUAUUUUAAAUUUGAUCUGUGAUAAACCAUUACCUACUUUAGGUCUAGAUCAUCAAGAUUUUCUAGAUCUAGACUUUUUUAGAUAUUCAGAUUAUACCUAAAGAAUGUUAUUUUUCUAGUUUUAAAAUUUGGCCAUGGAGUAUGGAGACAAGUAAGAAAGUGGAUAUUCGGAGGAAUUGAUUGAGAGACUGGUGUCUAGUUCAAAGUGAAGAUUUUUAUUUUUUUCUCUGUGUGAAAUCAAUGUCUGGAAGGUUUUCCUUUUCUUUUAUUAUAUGCCUUAUGCAAAAGUAAGGAAUACUUGUUUCAUGAAAAUAGAUUUUUCCUAAAUUCCUAAAUACCUUUACUGCAGCUACGUAAAAACAGACGUAGAUUCAACAAACUGCCUCCAAAAUUCCUACUCAGUCCAGGAUUUCUAUGGUAACCUUUCCUCCUUGUAGAAUACGCCUUCAAUUUUGUAAUUUACUUAUUUCUCAUAUUUUCUUUGUUGCUCACUGAUUUGUAUUAAUCUAUUUAUCAAGUUAGUUUAAGGUCUACUUGGUAAUCACUCAAAAAUUUGUAAUCGUGAGGUAGGAGUGAAAAGAUAGAAAAUCUAAUCGCUAGAAUUGUUAGAGAUUCUAUGAGUUAAGUGGAAUCCUUACCCUAAGUUUUGCAUUUUCAUCUCAGAAUUUAUUGUGCAAGUAUCCACUUUCUUACAGGCUAUCCUAUACUUAUGUUGUUUUACAAUUUUGUCUUUUUAUUGGUCUCACAAAAAUUAAAUUAAAUAUUUAUAACAAUGAAA